AUGAUUUCAGAUUCGAUCGCCAACGCUUCUCCUAACGCGAAAAAGAAGAAGAAGAACAAUAAGUCGGCGAAGAUGAUUAAACUCGGUCUCCGCCGUGACCAAUGGCUUUCUCAAGUUGCUGUGACCAAUAAGGAGUGUAAAGAUGAGAGUAGGGAGAAGCCUGAUCAUAGAGUUAACCCUCUAGAGAAUCUAGAUAGGCUUGGUAGAGAAGAGAAUCUUCAUCAUGAGAGCUUUAUGGAGUCACCAUCAAGCAGCUCAAUGGGAGGGACAGAUAUACUCACUAACUUCAGUGAGAGAAGCAGCAGGAGAAGUAGUAGUAGUAGUGGUAGCAGCUCUGAAGAUGAUGGGUGUGUAGAUGAUUGGGAAGCUCUUGCUGAUGCAUUAGAAGCUGAGGAAGAGGAGGAGAAUGAGAAAAAGAAGCUCAAGGAGGAAGAGAAUGUUGCACAGUCAUCUGGUUUAGAUGUUGUGGGUGUUGGAGAUGCAGCAUCAGCUUGGAGACAAGAUGAUGACCAUCGUCCUCAGGGGUUAUUACCUAAUCUGGGGAAGCAGCUUAGUUUCCCUGAGCUGGACAAGCGUUUCGCCGCUGUGUCGAUGAUACCUUCUUCGUGUCCUAUCUGUUAUGAAGAUUUGGACUAUACGGAUUCUUGUUUCUUUCCGUGUCCUUGCGGGUUUAGGCUCUGUCUUUUCUGCCACAAGACUAUUAGCGAUGGAGAUGGGCGGUGUCCUGGAUGCAGGAAGCCUUAUGAGCGGUUCAUAGCUGAGACUAGUCUUCAAGAUGGUGGUUUAACAGUUCGGUUGACUCGUUCGUCUCGCAUGUUUUGAAGGUUUUGAGAAAAAGACAUGUUGUUUCUCUGUUUGGUUCUUUUUAGGUAAUGUGGAUAUAGUGUUGUCUUUUGGGACUCAGAGAACUUUGAGCUUUGUUUGCUUCUAAAGUCUGAAAACAUUAUGGUGAUGAUACUGAUGUAGUAUGAUGUGUGAAUACAUAAAAAAAAAUGUUACAGAAUAUUCCAAUACAUAAAAA